AUACAUACAUACUCCUCUAGGCUGUAUCCCCUCUUUCAGAUUGGAAUUUGUUUGGGCGGUUUUAGACGCAAGGGGUUCUACGUGAAAAACAGACAGAUACGGAAAUCUCCGUGAAAUUACACUUUUCUUUUUUUCCUUUCCCUCUCCCUCGCUUUCCGAGUCUUUACUCUGUCUCCUUCCACCAAUCCAACGCCCUUUCUUUCAAGAAAAAUUGACUCCAUCAUCAAGCUUUUGAUCUCUCUCUCUCUAGAAUGUUGAUGCUAGUGGACUGUUCAGAGUGCCGGACACCCUUAAAGCUCCCGCCGGGAGCCAAGUCGAUACGCUGCGCCGUGUGCCAAGCCGUCACUCGCGUCGCCGAGCCUCCUCGCAGCGCUCCGCCUCCUUACGCCGCCGCCUCCAGCAACCAAUACUACCCUCCGUCGCCGUACAACCACGCGACCCCCGGUCAACCCCCGUCGGUACACGGCCGCAAGAGAGCGGUGAUCUGCGGGAUCUCGUACUGGUACUCACGCCACGAGCUGAAAGGGUGUAUCAACGAUGCCAAGUGCAUGAAGUACUUGCUGACUAACCGGUUCAAGUUCCCUGAAUCAUCCAUUCUUAUGCUCACUGAAGAAGAAAUUGAUCCUUACAGGCGCCCAACAAAGCACAACAUUAGAAUGGCAAUGUAUUGGCUCGUACAAGGUUGUCAGCCUGGGGAUUCACUGGUGUUUCAUUAUUCUGGUCAUGGUUCACAGCAGAGGAACUAUACUGGGGAUGAGAUAGAUGGAUAUGAUGAAACACUCUGUCCAUUGGAUUUCGAAACACAGGGAAUGAUUGUUGACGAUGAAAUCAAUGAUGCAAUUGUCAAGCCUCUUCCACGUGGGGUUAAGCUUCAUGCAAUUAUCGAUGCUUGUCAUAGUGGCACUAUGUUAGAUUUACCAUUCCUUUGUAGGAUGGACAGGAGUGGGAGGUAUGUAUGGGAGGACCAGCGUCCUCGGUCUGGCUUAUGGAAAGGAACAAGCGGUGGGGAAGUCAUUUCCUUCAGUGGCUGUGAUGACGAUCAAACCUCUGCUGAUACAGCUGCUCUAUCCAAAGUCACUUCCACUGGUGCAAUGACCUUUUCUUUCAUCCAGGCAAUUGAACGGGGACAAGCAACUACAUACGGAAAUAUUCUUACUUAUAUCCGGUCUAACCUCCGUAAUACAGAUACUGAUAUUGGAGGUGGUGUUGUCACAUCACUUCUCACUAUGCUUCUAACAGGAGGGAGCCUAGGUUUCGGGAUAAGACAGGAACCGCAGUUGUCGGCUAAUGAACCUUUCGAUGUGUAUUCAAAGCAUUUCUCCCUAUAAAUAGUAAAGCACCCACCUCAUGGCUUCUGAUCUAUUUAUCGAACUGAUUGGGCAUGUACAGUUACUUGAGGAAAACCUGUUUCCAUUGGUUGAAAUUUCAUUGUUCUGCUUUUUAGCUGGUCUUUUAUGAUAUUGUGUCACAAUGCUACUGCUUCAUUAUUUUCCUCGAUUCUAAAACUCUUCUCUUUCCCCAAAUUA